AUGAAUCGGGGAGGAGUGCCUCGAGGUCCAAGAAAAGGUGGACGAAGAAACCGCGGCAAUACAGUGAUCGAAGCUCCUCGUGAAUCGAUCUUGAAACAGCCAGCAACAAAUUCGAAACCUGACUUCUCGAUCGCUCCUCUCGUUCUCGAAGGGAUAACAGCGACAAAGGUCCAGCUGAAUAAACUCAUCCUAACCCAAUUACCAGAUGCAAAGCUUGCAGAUAUCCAACUCAAUCGAAACACCGCCACAUCAACGGAUUGUCCAAAACUCAAAGAACAACAACAAAAAAUCAAAGCGACGAUCGACCAAUAUUCAACAUCGUCCCCAAGAUCAACGAAUACGAAAGCGCCGAGAAUGAAACAAGAAACACUAUUACAAUCUAAAAGUACUCGUGACAAAUGCUCUCCGAAAUGA